GCAACAGAGCGAGCUCGUGGCAUGUCAUUGGCUGCAAGUGCUGAUCACGUGAUACCGCCGAGCGCCCGACUCGGUCAUUCCGCGCGGGAGUGGUGGGGGUAGAGAAGUGCGGGGAAGAAGGGGAAGCAAAGAGCGAGCGCAAAGUGACGAGCUGAAGUACGAAGAGUUGGACCUUAUCGCACGUGGUCGAGAGAAUCACUAUAAUAGCGGUGCAAGAUGUUGAAGAUAAGCAGUUCGUGCGAUACAUCGCAGUGACGUUGAGUUGGUGCCGUUGUACGAAACAAUAAGAGGAAGUUGAGCGGCAUCUCACGCAGUUGUACUCCUGCCUUUAUCACCGAGUUAACAUGUUCGGCAAGUCCAAAGAAGUUAGAAACGGCAACAGGUCUGUAGCUCACGUGCCUGUGUACGAUCAGAACUUGCAAGAAACCAUCACUCAUAAAGGAUGCUUUGGCGCCAGGCACAUGACGACGUUCAUGCUGUUCCUGGGGAUGGCGAACGCGUACGUGAUGCGCACCAACAUGUCGGUGGCCAUCGUGGCGAUGGUGAACCACACCGCUCUGCCGGUCACCUCCGAGAUCAAGGACCGGGAGUGUGACACGGGAGGACCUGCCAACUCCAACUCUUCCGUAGAUGACACCGUGCAGUACGUGGAGAAGGACGGAGAGUUUGUCUGGGACAGCAUCCAGCAGGGCUACCUGCUGAGCAGCUUCUUCUACGGCUACGUGGUCACCCAGAUCCCGUUCGGGAUCCUGGCGAAGCAGUUUGGCUCCAAGUACUUCCUCGGCGUGGGCAUGCUCAUCAACUCCGUGUUCGGCCUGCUGGUGCCAGUGUCCGCCCACUGGGGGUUCGGCUGGCUGCUGGCCAUCCGCUUCAUCCAGGGCCUGGGCGAGGGCCCCAUUGUGCCUUGUACCCACGCCAUGCUGGCCAAGUGGAUCCCGCCCAAUGAGCGCAGCAGGAUGGGAGCAUUUGUUUAUGCCGGUGCUCAGUUCGGCACGGUGGUCUCGAUGCCCCUGAGCGGGCUGCUGUCGGAGUACGGCUUCGCCGGGGGCUGGCCGUCCAUCUUCUACGUGUUUGGGGCCGUCGGCACCGUCUGGUCCGUCGCCUUCCUGUGGCUGGUGUUCGAGAGCCCCGACGAGCAUCCCCGCAUCGCAGAUGACGAGAAGAAGUACAUCACCAGCAGUGUUUGGGGCUCGGCUGGAGUUUCUUCCCCGCCUGUGCCCUGGAAGUCUAUCCUUCGUUCGUUACCAUUCUGGGCAAUUCUCAUGGCUCACAUGGGCCAGAACUACGGCUACGAAACCCUCAUGACAGAGUUGCCGACAUUCAUGAAGCAAGUGCUACACUUCGACAUCAAGAAGAACGGGAUCUUGUCAGCUCUGCCAUACCUGGCCAUGUGGAUAUUCUCGAUGGCGGCCAGCCAUGUUGCUGAUUGGAUGAUCUCCAGCCACAGGUUCACCCACGGGCAGACCAGAAAGAUCGUCAACACUAUUGGUCAGUACGGCCCGGCCAUCGCCCUGAUCGCGGCCUCGUACACCGGCUGCAACGCCGACCUCACCGUGGCCCUCCUCACCAUCGGCAUCGGGCUCAACGGCGGCAUAUACUCGGGCUUCAAGGUCAACCACCUGGACAUAUCCCCGCGCUUCGCCGGCAUCCUCAUGAGCUUCACCAAUUGCAUGGCCAACCUGGCGGGUCUCCUGGCGCCCAUGACCGCCGGCUACGUCAUCCACGAGAGGCCGACGCAGGCGGCCUGGAGGGUCGUGUUCAUGAUCUCGGCCGGCGUCUACAUACUGUGUGCGACAGUGUACCUGGCAUUUGGGUCCGGCGUACGGCAGCCGUGGGACGACCCGAGCCAGGACGAACCCGUACGGGACGAGAGACACGUGGAGGAAUCCAGGCAGAACGGCGCCGCGCUGAACGGCAAGGACUUGGAGAAGGGCAUCAUGUAUGAAGAAACUUCGCAUUAGUGGCCUUUCGUUUUGGUGCAGACAGAGAUUUUUUUUUAAAGGGAUGAAUAUCUUUAGCAUGUGCUUCAUCACUUUGGCCUGUGAUCUGACAUGUUGACUUUUUUUUAUUACAUUCUUCAGAUGUAAGGCAAUAUCGUGCCUGAAGCAUCUUCGGGAUGCUGAGUCAACAUGUCUUGUGAAUUAUGACUGUUGUUCACUGAAGUGUAUUAGCAGUUCUAAUUUUUUAUUGGACAUAUUCUUUCACCAUAUUGUGUGUUACUUGCCCAAAAAAGAAUGGAACGUAUUUUAUUUAUAUCAAGAAGCAAUUUGCAUUUUAAUCUUUCUCAGUUAUGUUAUUAGAAUUUUUAUACUUUUUAUGAUAUCUUGUUUAUGUUGGUGGUACGCAUAAAGCUCGAUCCAAAAUUAUAUAUAUAUAUCUGUUUUGUGUAGUCAUAAUUUAUGUUUAGAAGAAAGACUGAGUAUUUAUUUAUGAAUAUUUGAGCAAUUUAUUGGAUCAAAUAUUGUUUUGGUUGUAAGUGAUUUUUUUUAGUCUCGUAGUGAAAUGAGUACUAUAGAGUUUUAAAGCUAUAACUGUCUAAUAGCAGCUGCCUGGGUUGGUAGGGCUAGAGUGUGUUAUAAUUGCAGUUUCGGCAUGCAUUCUAAGAGUCCUUAGAGAGGUAGCACGCACUUUAAAAUCGUACUCGUGUGGCGAGGCAGGGUUAGUGCCCAACCUUUGGCAUUACUCGUAACACAUGAGCACAGUGGUACCAAAGAGGUUCGCAGCCUACUAUAAUCCUGGAGGUUUGUUUGCCUUAAACCUCAUUUAAAAGUAUUAUCAUGUGACGAAAAUCCCUGCCUUUACUUCCUUUAAAACACAACCUGCAUUCUACUGCAUAUUGUUUUAAAGUGCCUUUGCCUGAUGUGGCUGAUGUUUGUAGUGCUGGAGGAUGUUUUAACAUAUCAAUGGCUAUCACUUUGCUUUUGUGACAAUUAUUAUCUAUGGUUUAUACGUAUUUAGUUUGUGUUUGUUUUUAAUAAAGUCCCAAACAUUCCAUGCUGCAGUGCUUCUUCACAGAGCAUAGUUUAUUUAGUUCUCUGAUAACUAGACACAUGUGCAGUUAGCUUGCAUGCAUGUUGAUCUGUGUACAAUUUUUCAUACAGAAUUUGUGUGUACAUUUAUUUGGUGUCUAAAUUUCUUACCAUUCGUGAGACUUUAUUAAUUUUGUGUUCUUUUGUGUUACAAAUCUCUUAGCUUUGCCAAUUAUAUGUUAACUCGAUAAUGCUUUUUCAGUUGUUUUUUUCCUUCAGUAAAACUGUACAUUUUACUAUGCGGUUCUGAGAGAAAUAGCCUCCACAUAGUUUUUUUUUAUAUCAAUGGAUCAAUAUUUUGUCUUCCAAACUGAAAGCAUAGGCAGCUGGAGGUGGAUGUCUUAUGCUAUAGUUACCUGUAAAAGAUGGAGGCAGCCUACAGUGUUGUAAAGAAAAAAAAAAUCAAAAUUCAAAAUUAUUACAUUUCAUUAAAAUAUGGCUCUAAAUGUACAGGAUAAUGCCAGAAAUGUUUAACUUUCCAGAAUCUUGACCAGUUUGGUUAGUGAUCACUGUGUAAACCAAUAUUUUACAUUCACCAAUUGCUAUUCUAAAUUAUAGCAAUUUGAUUUGCAUACAGUUAGCAUCACAUGUAUGGUAUAUUGAUUGAAUGCAUUGUCAAAAUGAGUGGUGUAUAUUUUUAACAAAACUUAAUAGAGCUGUUACAGAGUAAACAGCCAAUUAGGUGAAGGCUGUUAUGAGUAAUGUUAUUGUUGCAGUGUUUAUGAUUGAAUUUACUUGUGAAAUUUACUGCCUACAGUGGCUCUUUUGCUCAUAAAGCUAUCAAUAAAUGAAAGUUCAUUAGGUAUUGUAAAAUACUAAUACAGUACUAGUGUAUCAGCUCUAUACCAUGUACUACAAUAUUGAAUUGUUUUCACAAAUACUAGGUACUUGUGUAAGUACAAGUAAUAUACUGUUACUUUCGCAACAGUGGGGAAAGAAAAUCUUUCCUACACAUUUCAAAGCAAAAUUUUAAUCUUCAACUGCAUGUGCAAAGUACCUAUGGAUUUUGUUUAAAAAAUCUUGAUUGUUUAAAAGUAACAUGUUUUAUCGCCUUAUCGUCGCACACACACAUUCGUGGCACAGUAAUUUUAGGACAUCAAAAUUUGGAGGGAGAAAAUUUCUCACACAAACGUCACAUGAUGUUUUUAGAUUCAGAGUGCUUUGUGUAGGUAGUUUUUUCCCGUAUAAAACAAUGUAUUUCAAAGUUGAAAUCUAAUAUUUAUUUGGAUGUUACAGCUUACUUAUUUAGUUAACAGAAAUACAAAGUUGUUUGAUGUGUAAAUUUUCUUUUAAAGAUUUUUUCAAACGUUAUAACUUUUAUCUUUUCGUCUUCUGCGCCGCUGUGUACCACUUAAAAAAAUGUAGCCAGCGCUAGUUGGCAUCAUUCAUGUUUGGUUUUGUUGAUUUCCAUAUAGAGUGCGCACACGUAGUCGAAUAUUGGUAUAAAUAGCUCAUCGAUUGCAUGCAACACGCGUGCUCUGUCUGGUGCCGAGUUAACUAAAUUUAAUAGCCGACGCUUUCUCGUGGUGUGUACUAAGAUAGUUAUGCGCUCCGACUCACGUUCGCAUCACAGUUUUGGUUUUUCCAUUUAAAGUUGAACAAAAUGUGUUUUGUUGCAUGACGUAAUAAUUUAAAUUGUUUGGCGUGCUUUUUAAAUGAAAGUACUUUCCUUGAAUAGGUUUUGGUUUUAUGAAUAACUUUACCUAACAAAAAAUGCUUUUUUCACAUUAUUGUUGCACCCCUACUUUUCAAACUUGUUUUUAGUAUAAAAUGUGAGACGAUUAUGCGAUAAAACACGGUAACUAAUGAGAUGCAUUCUCGAACAGACAGUGUUAUUCAGGGAGGUUGCAAACAUUUCUGAUACAAAGCAGUUGUGGCAUGGGACAAGGUUUGUAAGGGAGUGUGUGUUAAGUUGUCAGUGGUCAUAACUUCACUUUAUUCCUCGCUAACAUCUGCUACACCCUUGCCUGUCAUUGAGGUUACUGCCAGUAUGAAUCGCUAUCCAUAAACUGUUUUUGAGCGGAGUCUUCGCUCACUGAAGGGUAAGAGACAAACUUGCAAGUCUACUUGCAUUCAUAGUCAUGGAUGUUGUUUAAAAAUUAUAAAUUGACUUACAUAUGGAAUUGAAAUUACUCUGUGUCAACUCACAAUCUGUAACCUAAUGUAUACUUCUAUUGGCUAUCUUUAAUGCAUUUACAAUACUUAUUUGAUUCUGGUAGUGAUAAUUUUUGACUAUAAAUGUCUAAACUGCUAAUGCCACAAUGAUGGCAAACAGGUGGUACUUACUAACUGGUAUUUUAUGCCACAAUUAUGAGAGGUUGAAAAUUUCAAAGUUGAUGUGAACAAAUUUCAUCUCUGGUGUUUUAAAUAAAUUUAAUUCGAGUUACCAUUGAAUUUUGAGCUUGAAGGUUAUCAGGCUAGUUUCUUGCCUGCAUUCAAGAGCUGAACCGUCGACAAUCGUAUCAGUUGUGUGUGCGCGUGUGCAUGUGUAGGGUGUGUGCCAACGUUUCGUUGUUUCGAGUUUUGGACUUAUUUAUUGUGUUAUGUUAACAAGUGAUAUGCUGGCACAUUGUCAGCAGUAUGGCAUUAUGAUACGAUGGUUCAGGUAUCCUAUUGCAGAUGUUACAAAAAGUAUUCUGUAUUUGCUACACGUCAAUUUUUGAUGUGAGACUAUUACAAUAAAUGUUGUUUAAAAAUUCA